AGUUCCACCUACUAUCAUUAGCUAGUUUUCAUCAGUUUCAUGCAGUUCUUGGCUUAACUAGCCUGCUGGUCUGUCUGCAAUCAUUAUUAUCGAUUUGAUCAUGAACCAGGGUCAUGGCAGCUGUAGUCUAUGUAGGAGGUAUUGGUCUAAUGUAAACGUGUUUACUUCUGGUGUAGCAAUCCUUGUCCUUAUUUGGGACUCUCUUAUGUAUUUUGAGAUUCUCUUAAUGAGAUUCUUUAUAUCAACUGGAGCAGCUGGUGGGACCAAAGGAGUCAUCCUUGAUGUAUUGUAUUGUUUGAUAUUUUUCUCUUUUCCCUUAUUUGGGUUACUGGCUGACGUACAUGUUGGUAGGUACAAAGCAAUCAUGGCUGGCAUAAUACUCUGUUUCACAUCGUGGAUAUUUUCAGGGAUAGGUUUUGUCAUUUACGGUUUCUACACUAACAACACUCUCCUUUUAUUUUUUUAUGGGCUGGCUUAUAUCACUGCGGUUUCUGGCUACACGAGCUUCAAGGCUAACAUUGUUCAGUAUAACAUUGAUCAACUUGUAGGAGCAUCAGCUGAUGAGUUGAGUGCAGUCAUAUACUGGCAUUCAGCGGCAGUGCCUAUUUCAUUUGUUAUUUUUCAGUUGAUACGAUGUGCAAUUAUUGGUAAUUACAUUUUUCUGAUAACAUUUGUAUCUGCUGGAUUAUCAUUAUCUGUUGUACUGGUCUCUCAUUCAUUAUUCAAACACAAACUGGAGAACGUAUCACUGAUCAAGAAUCCAGUCAAACUGAUAGUUAGAGUAUUGUGUUAUGCCAGGAAGCACAAGUAUCCUGAGAAUCGUAGUGCUCUGACCUACUGGGAGGAAGAGGCUCCUUCAAGAAUAGACUUAGGGAAGCAUAAGUAUGGUGGACCAUUCACAGAGGAAGAAGUAGAAGAUGUGAAGACAGUUUUUCGAAUGCUACCAUUAUUAAUAUCUGUUGUUGGAUUGACAACUAAUGAUGAAGUUUAUCACUGGAUAAUGUCUGGAAAUCAAAGUAUAGAAAUAAGUUAUGGGUCCUGCUUGAUAUCAACUGAAUUUGGAAAAUUUUUCACCUCAGUUGUAUUUUUUCUGAUUUACCUUUUGAUAUUCCAACCAAUAUUUAAAAGAUUUAUUCCUAGGAUGUUGUUAAGGAUUGGAGUUGGUUUAGUGUUUGCUUUUUGCACAAUGUUUUCAAAAACAGUGAUCUUCAUUUUAGUACCACCUGAUGCUUCCUCUAUAACACCUUUUACUACUCCACUCCUAUAUAUUCCACAAUUCUUUUAUGGUGUAGCAUUUGUAUUGAUAAUUGCAGCUUCACUGGAGUUCACUGUAGCUCAGUCUCCAGUACAAAUGAGAGGAAUGAUGGUUGGAAUGUGGCUUGCAUCAAUGGGAGUUGGCUACCUCAUUAACAUCAAUCUUAAAUAUGGUUUUCAGUGUACGAACGAAUUUAUGUGUACCAAUCCAUUUUACUACGCAGUGAAAAGUGUCAUCACUCUCGUAUUUUUUAGUUUGUUUUUUUGUUUAUCAAAAAGGUAUAAGUUUCGUGUAAGAGAAAAUGAGAUUAACAUUCACAAAAUUGUUGAAGAUCAUUAUCAUAGAUACAUGACACAAAAGGAUGCUUAUGAGGCAGCGCCAAGUGAUACUGUUAUUAUAGAAGAGGAAACACCACUUAUAUUUUAAUACUUUGCUUAAUCAUUGUACAAACUGAAGCUAUUAUUUUUUUUAAUUUAUGAAUAAUUAUGCAUGUACAUAUGUAUUUUUAAAUUCCAAAGUAUUAUUUUGAGUCUAUG